ACAGCAAAUGUUCCCGUGAUACUUCGCUGCACGUUACCUUGAAGGAGCUGGUGAGGCGGCGCGGCGCCAAGGCCACAGGAAGUGUUUGACGCAAUCUUCUUUGGGCCACCUGAACCGCACACAAAAGUCAUCAGAGCAUUUCCUUUCGACACUGAGGGCAUACGGAGAAAGAAAGAGGGAGGAGUGUGUGGGGGUGAGGUCGUCCCCAUCGAGUGACCCCCAAACACGCUGAACGAUCGCAGAUUAAUGCCAGGUACUUCCACCACCUUGAUGAGUACAGGAGAGCAAGGAACAACAGCGUGGACAUCAUCAGCAUGUUUGAGGGGAUGGUGGAUCCACUAAAGAGGGACGGGUGAGCUGAGGGCACCCUGAUGAGGCGGUGGUCAUGGGGGUGACACUCGUUAUUCGAAUCCACAGGAAUCACUGAGGUUGAAAAAUGGCAAGCCCAGACAAGAAUGGUGGCAGCAAAUACAAGCAUACGUCUGAAGAGGAGGAAAAAUGGGCCAAAGAUGAACACAAUAAGCAGGAGAAGGAGAGUGGGAAGGUGGUGGCGCCGCCCUUGUGUGGGGACAUCAAGGGGGACAAGAGGCGCAACCAGUGCAGGAGCGGCUGGGCCCUGACCGAGCGUUUGGCCAUCAACGUGUCGGGAAUGCGUUAUGAGACCCAGCUGCGCACGGUCGCCCAGUUCCCUAAGUCCCUACUGGGAGACCCCCGUAAGCGGCUGCGCUACUUUGACCCUGUGCGGAAGGAGAUAUUCUUGGACCGCAGUCGGGUGUGCUUCGAGGCUAUCCUGCACUUUUACCAGUCGGGCGGUAGACUGCGGCGGCCCGCCAACGUGCCGCUCGAUGUGUUCGUGGAGGAGCUGCGCUUCUACCAGCUGGGCGAGGACAUCCUGGAACGUUUUAAGGAGGACGAGGGUUUCCCCAAGGAGGAGGAGCGACCUCUCCCCAGCGGGGAGCUACGACGCCGGCUCUGGAUGCUCUUCGAGUACCCUGAGUCAUCCAGUGCUGCCCGCAUCAUCGCCAUCGUCAGCGUGUUGGUCAUCAUCAUCUCCAUCCUCAUCUUCUGCCUGGAGACCCUGCCUGAGUUCAGGAACGAGAGGGAGCAGCGGGAGAGGUUCACUAGUGUCCUUCACUCCGCUGUAAGCAACGACAGCCUCCAAACCUCGGCAGUGUUUGCCCCCUUCCAGGAUCCCUUCUUCAUCGUGGAGACCAUCUGUAUCUGCUGGUUCUCCUUUGAGCUCAUUAUGCGCUUCAGUUGCUCCCCCAGCAAGACCCACUUCUUCAAGGACGUCAUGAACACCAUCGACUUCUUCGCUAUCAUUCCUUACUUUGUCACACUGGGCACGGAGCUGGCCAGGGACAAAGGGGCCCAGCCUUCUGUGUCAUUAGCCCUGAUCAGGGUCAUUCGGCUAGUGAGGGUCUUCAGGAUCUUCAAGUUGUCUCGACACUCCAAAGGUCUCCAGAUUCUGGGACAGACGCUGAAAGCCAGUCUGCGAGAACUUGCCCUCCUCUUCUUCUUUCUCUUCAUCGGCGUCAUCCUUUUUUCCAGUGCCGUUUAUUUUGCAGAGGUGGACCGUCCGGACACAGCCUUCACCAGCAUCCCCGAAGCCUUCUGGUGGGCUGUGGUUUCCAUGACGACAGUGGGCUACGGCGACAUGUAUCCCAAUACGGUUGGCGGCAAGUUGGUGGGCUCCAUGUGCGUCAUUGCAGGUGUGCUCACCAUCUCACUGCCGGUGCCUGUCAUCGUGUCCAACUUCAGCUACUUCUACCACCGCGAGAUGGAACGGGACGACACAAACGUGUACCAACACGUGUCCACGUCCCUCUGGGAAGAUGACGACGAAGAAAAUAAGGAAGAUAUGGAAGAAGGGCCUGAGGACACAGGGGAAAGCACACCACUCUAUGGAAGGAACUGCAAAGCAGAUGGAGAUCUUGGUGGGGUAAACUUUCUUCUCAGAGAACCUCUGGUCACUCAGGUGUGAAAGAACCACAGAUGAGUGGGUGAGCAUUAGUAGUACUUUGGGAAAUUUAAAGGAGACAUGGGCAAGGGAGAACCUGCAAUUAAUCUCAUUCAGGUCCGUUGACUUUUUGCUUAACCAGAUCCCAGAAAUGCAGAUGAAUAUCAGUUUGACAGGUACCCAACAGGGCUCUAUUGAAGUUAUUGACAUAUUUGAAGAUUUUUAAGUUUGCAACUAAUGUUCAUGCUGCUGGUGUGCCAACUAAAUCAAUAAGGGGAAAUCCUGAUUAGAGCAUUUGUUUAGGCCUGAGUUUUGCUUUAUAAUGAUUGUCACAGUCAAUCUCGAUAUUGAAACAGUGGGUAGACUUAAAAUAUUGCUUGCGCUUCCAUCAAAAAGAUGUCUGGGAGACAUCUCCAGACAACGUGUCAACCAAUUCACCUGCAAGUCACUAAUAUAGGCCUAUAUACAUUCUAUCAUAUAUUUACAAUAUUUUCUACACAUAUAUAUACCUAAAAGAAAUCCAAGUUAAAAGUAACAUUGUUGUUUAAUAUACAUUAUGUGUCUGUAUGCGUGUGCUGUGUGGCUCUGUGUGGGCCACGGAGCGGUCACUGGGACAGUCUUCUAAUGAGGAAGAUGCUUUUAACCUCCAUUAAAUCCAAAAUAUUGGGGCGAUCACUCUUGAGUUUGCAGAGGUUGAAGUGGGAAUAGGAAGCGCUUCCCUUAUAGAUUUUGAUGAUGAUUGCUUGCAUUUUUGUGACAUUAAACAAAGUCGAACUUCUACAGAAAAUGAAAUCCUUUUUGUCUGACAUCUAUAAAAUCCCAAAUAAUUGGAUGAUCAUUCAGAUAUUUUCUAAGGUUGAAGUGGGCAUGAGUAGAUUUGUCCAUAUCAAUUUUGAUGAGGAUAGCUCUCAGAUUUGUGAGAUUAAGCUCUGGAAAGGUUUUUCUCUAUACCUGUAAGGAGCAGACACAGGAGUUGUCAAAAGGUCUCCAGUGAAAUAGAACAUGUUCGAUAUCACUGUAACUUUUUGUUAAUUUAGCUGCUCUACAGAAGAUGUCACAAAGAUCUCUCUGGAACCAGCGGUGACUCGCGCUGCCAUCAGGUCAUCAACUAGUCUCCAGGCAAGUGAGAUAGUGGUCUUAGUGUCUUGAGUUGUCUUGACUUGAGCUUGUGUCAUUUUUUUGUUGUUGCCAGAUUCAGCAACUGUAACUGA